AUGCGUCGCCCCGCAAUCUCUGCCGCCACGAAGAUAUGGGUCCCCAAUGACUACUGGUCCUUGUACUCACAGUGUUGCACAUGGAGACCAGAAGGCGGCGUCGACGUAUGGGAGUGCAUCAGACCUCGUACUGAACACUGCCGUAUGUCCACGCGAUAUCCGCGUUUGUUCCGUUCAUUGAUCACAUCUUACCACCAGCCACCAAACUCGCUCUACUGGCAGUACCUCGGUCGCCGAUGA